AUGAGCAGAGGACAUAGAGGCGGGGUGCGGAGGCAUAAAGGAGCUAAAUUUCGACGCACCACGCCGCGAAAGGUCCGAGAUUGUCAUGCCCAAGCGCAGGUGGGCCUCAGGAGCACCGAGGCGUCUGGUGAGGGGGUGGCAGACGAGGCGACUGGGCGCAUGAAGGCCUGCUCACGACAUGCUCACUCAGCCUGCGCUCUUCUGUUUAUCCCACGUCACUGGGGUCUGGUCGUUAAGCCAAUCAUUGCCGCGUCUGCUCUGCUCUCUAUCGCCAGCCGAGUUAGUACAGAUAAUCCUGUCCAAGAGCCUGAUCACCUGCUGUCCAUUCACAUCGCCUCGUGGCCUCUGCUCGCUUGCUCUGCCAGACGCCUCUGCCCUCGUUCUGAGCUUCCUCUGGCUCCGACGUCCUGCUCCGCCUUCACUGGAGGUAACCUGAUCACCGCAAGGGAUGGAGGAGAGCGGCGUGUACUUUCAAAGCCUGUCAGAACUGCUUCAGGAGCAGAUGCGCCACUUUUGGCGCCCAUUUACUUUUCACCGCCUGGCUGGUGUCUGCUUGCAUUUGCGCCCUCUGCUCGACCGCGUCCACACGCACGGCUCGCUCAGGCGCACUCCACUCCGGCACACUUUCGGGCCCACGUCCGCAAUCCCGGCAGGUCCGAGUCCCUUAAGCCCCACCCCCACCCCCUAAGGCCUUGUCUCGUGGCCGUGGAGCCGCCAUUUGUAUCGCGGUUGCUGGGUUUCUUUUCUCCCUUUCUGCGGUACAGUGUGUUGGGAGGCGCCGAUGUCCAAACCAUUUGUGGCGCGUGCUCUUGA